AUGCAGAAGGGGGACCAGCAGUAUGACCGUGAAAAGGAGAUCUACAAGGUGCAUGCAAAGGAUGCCGGACGCCGAUUGGAAUACGCUUGGCAUUGGGAGCCAUCGCUCUCAGAUGUUGCUACUUAUGAUUAUCGGAUGGCCUCAGGCAUGUCGACAUGUGAUCACAUGAAGUACGUGGUUGGUCGUGCAUGUGCCGUUGCGGGUUAUACAGAUCUUUUUCACGAGUUGGAUCACCUACCCGAUUACCACAUUGCGGAAGAAGCACGCGAGAGCCGUUACGUGGCCACCUAUGAUGCUAUCAUGAAAGCUGCUGUCAAGCACAAUGCCAUGGACGAUUGUACCAGAGCUGGGCGGAACUCGAAGUCGCAGUACAAUGGCCUACACUGGGCGAUGGACGAUGGAAAUUGCGAUAUCGGCGAAGACCGGCGUGUGGAUAAAUACGACACAGACCCCGAGCCAGCGCCUUUCGCGAUUAAAGACGAAGAGAUUCGGCCGAUGCUCUACAAUCCACUCACACCCGACCUUCCAACUCUCAACAAAGACCUUCUGAUUAUAGUUGCGGCAUUUUACGGUGAUAUCGAUCGAUACGCUCGGCUUCGACGACCCAAGAUGGCCCACUCAGAAUAUGUUCGAGCAUACAGCGUUUAA